AUGAGGCUCAACGGCGUACUUGGUGCGCCGGCGGCCCACCAGCGUCGCAACAUUUUCGAAGAAAUUGGCAGCGUCAUCGCCAAUUUUGUCGAUGCCGGUGAUACGUCAACAACGUCAGCCCCUUCCACCUCCGCGUCGUCCGAGACUGCGUCAACAUCGGCGCCGGCCCAGACUCAGAGUCAAACCCGGUCGGCUCCCGACACGCAGACCACCGACAGUGGUACCCCCACUGUCCCUGCCCCUCCUGGCGGUGAUAAGGAUAGGACAACGGUUUCCAAGGGGUCAACGGUGACAGGCAAGGGGUCUCCGACGCCGACGCCGACGCCGACGCCAUCCCCGAAGACGACACCGAAGCCGUCAGGGCAGGCGGUGACGACACCAACGACUCCUGAGAACGACCAGGUGCAGCAAAAAGCCCCCACACCCAGCAUUAGCGUCAGUAUUCCGCCGGGCAACACGGCACUAAACACGCUGCCCCCUGGUAUUUCGCCCAUCUCGUCUGUUCCCCUGGAUAGCACGCUUGCCCUCGCGCCGUCAACGCAGCCCUCGACCACAACAUUUAAAGAUGUACGGCAGUCGCAGACGGCGACCUCGAGCGGGUCCAAGUCGGCAGCAACAACGAGCGCAAGCUCGGACAGUGGCGGCGGAGAGACGAGCGCGGCCGCCAAGGCGGGAAUUGUUAUCGGUGUGCUGGCAGGCGUCCUGCUUGUGUCACUCGGCGCGUGGUUCUUCUUCCAGCGCCGGAGACGGCAGAUGGAGAGAGACAGGCGCCAUCGCGACCAUGCCGAGAAGAUAAAUAACCCCUUUUCAGACAAGGCUGCCAUCCGAACCCCGGUCACGGCCCCGCGGUUGAGCCUGCGGCCCGUGACCCAAUUCCUCCCCAACCUCGGUAGUAACAAUCCGGAGCGCAGAAAUAGCCGUGGCAUUGCCCUGACCGUCACCCCACCCUCCGAGGCCCCCGGUACCCGGCCGGCAGGAGCUGCCGCCUGGGAGCGUCCGGCGGCCAACUCGGCCAUGAACAACGCCAAACCCCCCUACGACCGUCCCGGCACGGGCGCGAGUGCGAACCCUGCCAAUCCGUUCAACGAUUCCCAGCGGAUUGCCGAACCGGCGACCAACAAGGACCUCCCCGUCAGUCCCGUCAGCUCCAUCGGCCACGACGACGACUUCGCUUCGGCGACUGGCCAGUCUCCUGAACCGGAGCCGGUAUCUCCCAUCGGCGGCACCAUGAACUCGACCGACGCAGCCGCGGUUGGGGCUGUUGCAGGCGGCGCUGCCGCCGCUUCUGCUGCUGGCAUGACUCGCAAGGCCUCUAUCCGCAAGGACCUCUCCAAGCCACUCGAUCUCACAAAGGCGCCGCCCGCGCUGUCGGCUGUGCCUCCUAGCCCGACGGGAACCGAAUUCAGCAUGCACUCUGUUGCUCCCGGCCAGUCUCCCGCUCCUUCGACGAGCGCCGCAGCCAUUGCCGCAGCUGGCGGCCCACCACAAUCUGCCGUGCACCGCGUGCAACUUGACUUCAAGCCGACUCUGGAGGAUGAGAUGGGCCUCGUAGCGGGCCAGCUGGUCCGCCUGUUACACGAGUAUGAUGAUGGCUGGGCCCUCUGCAUCCGGCUAGACCGGUCUCAGCAGGGCGUAGUGCCGCGGACCUGCUUGUCAACUCGUCCUGUAAAGCCGCGGCCUGGACCUGGAGCUCCUCGCGGCCCGCCAGUGAACUCGGCUCGCGGGGCAGGCGGUUAUCCUCCGUCUCAAAACCAGCAAGGCUACUCACCGAACACCCAGUACCAGAGGCCGCAGCAGUCUGGACGGCCCACGCAAGGGCCCGGGCAGGGUUACCCCCGGUCUUACUCACCUGCCGGUGACCACCCGGCCUCUCCCGCCGGCCGUUCAAUGAGCCCCGGCCCCGGCCACGGCCAGCCACAGUCGCAAGGUCCCCGUUAUAAUCCUCAACAGGGCCGCCCGAGAAGCCCCAACGGCCCGGGCCGAGGACCGUCCCCUACCGGAGCAACCCAGCCGGGCCAGGACUACUACCCUGCAGAAUCUCCCUCGGCCCAGUACCAGCCCGGCCAGGCAUACUGA